AUGGCCCCGGUGUCCCGGUCCCGCUCUUCCGAGGACACCGCGGGCUCUCGGAGGUGGCGACGCAGCUCGUCGGGGAGCCCGCCGUCCGCGCAGGCCAGACGCUCCCCGUGGGGAGGCCGGGCCCGCUCUCACUCCCGCGGCCGCGAGGGCCUCAGGCCUCCGUGGGGAGGCUCGGGCGUUGGCGCCUCUUGCCCGCUCGGCAGCUCUCGAGAGCAGGCCGCGGCGUCCCGCAACUGCGCAUUCUCGUCCUCUUCCGUCUACUACGGCGGGUACCGCUACCGUCACCGCCACUAUGCGGGCGACCGGCAGUGGGCGGAGGAGUACGAGAAGGAAAAGGAGGAGAGCUUUCGGCAGAGGAGGCUGAGAGAAAGAGAAAGGAUUGGCGAGUUGGGCGCUCCCGAGGUGUGGGGGCUGUCCCCAAAGUCUCCUGAGCCGGACUCUGAUGAGCACACCCCCGUGGAGGGCGACGAGGUGAAGACUCAGGAGACCAGCGGCUCAGACUCCAGCUCCGGAGAAAAAAGGAAGAAGACCAGUCAUUCAAAAAGCAAGAAAAAAAGGAAGAAAAAGUCCAAAAGGAAACAUAGGAAGUAUUCUGAUCAUAGUAACGGGAAUUCAGACUCCGACACUGAUUCUAGCUCUGAUACUGAUAGAAAGAGAGCCAAAAAGGCCAAGAAGAAGGAGAAGAAAAAGAAACACAGAGGGAAAAAAACCAAGAAAAAGAAGAGUAAGAAGACUAAAAAGGAAUCCAGUGACUCAAGCUUUAAAGAUUCAGAAGGGGAGUUGCCGGAAGGUAUCUGGAUUGAGCAGUCGAAGGCAGCGGAUACCAUGGAUCUGAUAGGUCCGGAAGCACCUAUAGUACACACCUCCCAAGAUGAGAAACCUUUGAACUACGGCCACGCUCUGCUCCCAGGUGAAGGUGCAGCCAUGGCUGAGUAUGUAAAAGCUGGAAAGCGAAUCCCACGGAGAGGUGAAAUUGGGCUGACAAGUGAGGAGAUCGCUUCGUUUGAAUGUUCAGGUUAUGUUAUGAGUGGUAGCAGGCAUCGCAGAAUGGAGGCUGUGCGGCUGCGUAAAGAGAACCAGAUCUACAGUGCGGACGAGAAGAGAGCCCUUGCAUCCUUUAACCAGGAAGAGAGACGGAAGAGAGAGAAUAAGAUUCUAGCCAGUUUCCGAGAGAUGGUGUACAGAAAGACAAAAGGGAAAGAUGACAAGUAAGGACUUUCUGUUGUUCAGCAGCACUUUUAACAACGGUUUUAUAUGACCAAAAUAGUGUGAAAAGACUUCAUGGUGCUACUGUAUCUACUAUGUUAGGAAGUCCUUCAAGAAAAAUCUGCUGUUUGAGAUCUCUUUGUUAUUUUUAACUUAAUAUGUGCACAUGGCUGAACAAAUAUUCAAAUACUACAGUUGGAGAGUUAAUAAAAGGUCUUU